UCGUUAACGCUGUUUUGGGAUGAAAAUUGCAAAUUGGAUUCAGCCAUGUGAUAGCCGUUGAACUUGAUACACUCGCAAAAUGUAGCAUCGUCCAGGGACGUUUUGCUAACUUAGGCUCCUGGCUGAGGAAAAUUUCUCAAGAAAAAUAUUUAACCUAGGAAACUUUGCACUAACUUUGCCCUGCGGAAAUGGCGUGCCUCGGCGCUCUGAUUUUAUAGACACCUUCAGAUCUAGACUUGAAGUUAUGAGCGGGCUACUGGAAACUGGAAGUUCACCAUCGGAAGUGGAAAGCUUAGACCUGGAUGAAGAUUCCAGCUUGGAGUCUGGUAUUGUGAAUGAGCUGAUUGAUGAGGCCAUUGUCGGUGUUUGUUUAGACAUUCAUCGUUCUGUUAAACAAGGAGUGUACAGUGUCCUUGAGCAAUCAGAUGAAAAAAUGUUAGUGUCAUCUACUUUUACCCUUGCAUAUUUUGUUGUAUACCGCUCACUUGUAAUUUUAAGACAGUUAGUAGUUGAGGAGAGGUGCAAGGGCAGGAUAGUCAGUGACUUUGAGUUAAGAUGUUGGAGUGGUAGACCUUGCUGGGUCAUUGUGUUGUGUUGUUGGGCAAAAUGCUGUACUCUCAGAGUGCCUCUCUCCAACCAGGAUUAUGAAUGGGUGGCGGCAAUUUUUCAGGGAAGCCUGAUAAAAUGCUGGGGGAUAACCUUGCAAUGGACUAGCAUCCCAUCCAGGGGAGAAUUCAUUAUCGCAGAAGUGGUGGACCGUGAUGGUCUGGAUGUGUUUGGGCAGGGACCACUAAAGAAACAGGUUGAGUGCAUUUGUCCCAGCUGUCAGAGGAACAUGGCUGCUAACAGAUUUGCCCCUCACCUAGAAAAAUGCCUAGGAAUGGGUCGUAACAGCAGCCGACUGGCCAGUAGGAGGCUUGCAACCACAGGCAAACUGAUUGACGGAGAUGAUGAUGAUGACAACUACUUUGACGAUGACUGGACUUGGAAUUCAGACAGAAAACCAGGAAAGAAGAAUAAGAGAGACAGGGGAAAUUCACCCAGGAGAGCAAAAGCCCCUAGGAAGAAUGGUGAAGCUGGUACACCACGUCCAGGCACUCCUAGUUCUGUUCACAGUGGCGAGUUACCAGCAACGAGGACUGGACUCACUGUGGCUGCUUUUGAACCCCUUGGAAAUGAGGAGAAGAAGAGCCUUCUUUCCCAGACGUGUGGUGUAAUAUCAGAACAUACAGCACGCAUGUGCACAAGAUCUCAUCGAUGUCCGCAGCAUUCAGAUGAACAGAGACAGAAUGUCCGUCUACGACUUUUAGGUUAUGCAGAAUUUGAACCCAUUGUAGGAAGGAGUUCACUGGAAGCUGAUGAUGUGAUUGAUGUUGACAGCUAUGAGGAUGGUGAUGGACAAGCCUUGAGAGAUACUUUGAACAGGUUAUCAUGGGAGGAAGAAUCGAAUGUUUCGACAGGCGACGACAACUCACCCGCUGCAUUUGGAAGCGUACCUCUUUCGAAAAAGAAGAGAAAGAAAAAAGCAAAACACAAAAGACGUCCCAGAUGAACUCACGAAACUCGAGGCCGUUAAUCAGUUCAAGACAAGUGUCACGGGCGAGACUUAAGGUUACACCAGCGAGCGCUAGGUGCUGUUUUUUGGAUUAGUACGCGCAUUUAAUUUGUUGCAGUGAUUCUGAAUUCUGACUGAUGAGCCAUUGGCAAAGCAAGCUUGGAGGCACCUGUUAGUUUUGGUCGGCCUUUCAACCGUUGGAUUUGAAUAAGACUUGCGUUUGGUUGCAACGUCUUUUCACGUUUUCUUGUGGCAUUUUACGUAAGUGAGUAAAAAGGUACUAGUAGCACCUAAAGUGGUUUGUGGAACAUGGUUCUUAAUCGGUUUUCGAUGUAACUGGCUUUUUUAUUGACAGACGUGGGCUCUUCCCUGAAUGUGAAUUCUCACCAACUAUUUUGGGAAACUCAAAACCGGAAGUAAUAAGUUGCGUCACUUUGAGCGCGAUAAAGGACUUUCUUUCAUCGAGAAAACCUGGAAAUAACUUUCCAAGAGUUGAGAGACACUAGAAAAGAUGAGCUUAUCCCAUUAAGGAACAAGGAUUUUAAUGCAUGGCGAAGAUUAGCACGGAUUUAAAAUGACAAACCCUAGAGAUUGGACAAACAGUAUAGCGCUUAAGUAUAGCGCUUUUCGGUGGAGUGUCGUUCGCAAGACCAAACCCCAAAUUAAAAUAAUCUCAACAGCCAAUCACAACAAAGUAGAAUAUCACAAGGAGCCAAUAAGAGCUUGCGCUCAAACGCACACGAGCAAAACUGCUUGUAGCGCGGGAAAACGCCAAUGACCGAGUCACGGUUGGUAUCAGUUUUCUAUCUGAUUGGUUUAAGAGGGCGGCGCGAGGUUUAGAACGCUUUUCGAUUGAGUGUCGUCAAACUAAAACCAAAGCAACCACAACGGCCAAUUAGAGGAAAAGAUAAUACCUUUAAGAGUUAGUGAAAACUGAAAGUAAAAACUGCCUGAAACGCUGGCGACCAAGUCGUGAUUGGUCUUAGUUUUGCACUGCAAAACCGAAGCAAACGCAGAUUACACACGACACUUCAUUUAAAAUGGCGCGAUUGCCCGGUACGACUGCACAUAAACAGUGAGUGCAGGAUUAUUUUUGUCAAGGAGAUAACAGUGCUCUCAAUACAGACGCGGUCAACUUCAACUUGAUUCUAACGUUAACUGCUGUACUAGAAAAAGCAUUGGUACGUAAAGCCUUGUAAUGUCGCAAUUGUGGCUGAGUAAGUUAUUGACGAAUUGCCUCUGUGAGUGCAAGUUUGAUAAGCAGCUUGAAAAUAAAAUUAGCAUCAGAAUUUGGAAA